AUGCCGCUGAAAAAUAAAACUGCUGUAAUCACUGGAGGCGCGAGCGGAAUUGGAUUUGCAACGGCCGAGGAGCUUCUGAAAAAUGGCGUUUCGAAAAUUCUCCUUAUUGAUUUAAACGACAGCUUAGCCCAAAAAGCACAGUUGCUUACAUGCAAUCGGGAAGCGGAAAUAUUCUACGCCCAGUGUGAUGUGUCGAAUAAAUUACAGUUGGAAAAAACAUUGCGUCAGGACGCUGUCCAAUGGUUAGGAUCGAUUGACAUUCUGGUGAAUUCAGCUGGAGUACUGGAAGGUGAUCCAACGCACUGUAUCGGCGUUAACCUGAUUGGAUUGAUAGAGUGCACAUUUAUAGCGGUAGACCUCAUGUCGAAGGAGAAUUCAGGUAACGGGGGAGCUAUCGUAAAUAUUUCAUCAACUGCUGGACUGGAAGCGUAUCCUAUUGCCUCUGUUUACACGGCCUCCAAGUUUGGAGUAACCGGAUUUACCAGGAGCUUGGGGACCGAUUUGAUGUACAACCAAACAGGUGUGAAAGUGGUUGCUGUCUGUCCCGGAGCUACCGAUACUAGGAUGAUGAGAGAGUCAGGAAAUCGUAUGUGUACAUUUCCUUGGAUGAUGCCAGUUGCUCGAGAACUAUUGGAAAAGUUUAAUUUACAACAACCAAGUGCGGUUGGAAGAUGUGUUGUAAAGGCAAUAACCGAAGGUGGGCCGGGAUCAAUCUGGAUAGCGUCCGACGAUAAAAUAAUCCCUGUACCACCCAAGGGUUAUAAGGUUACAUUUUAG